CCCUAGGAGUGGGUUUGGGGCCUGCCACCUCCAGGAGCUCCUGUUCAAAGGGCAUAUAAGUCCCUAUCAAUGCCAAAGACUUGCCUCUCAAGAGCAGCUAUAGGGACUGGGCAGGAAUACAGAUAGGGAUCCUUCACUACAUCGUUGGAUGCUUCACACCUUUCCCAGCCACCUGCGCGACCAGCUGAGUGGUACAGCCCUGAAGCCUAUGUGAAAACAGGAUAACUUGAUGGUUCAGAGCCACUAUUUCCAUAUGGGCUUAGGCAAGGUACUUAAACUCUCAGUGUCUCAGUUUCCUCAUCUAUAGAAAGGUAAAAAAGCAGUACCUAUACCCUUAGGGUUCGUGUGAGAAUUAAAUAAGCUAAUAUAUGUACCUGGUGCAUGAUAAGUUUUAUAUAUGUGUUGGCUAUGAUCUUAGGGCAGCUGUGAGAGAGCUGAGCCCUAGAACCGUAAAACCCUCCUAAGCAACAUCUCCACUCAUGGCCUGGCAGGUGGUGGAGCAGGAAAUCCUGUGGGAAAAGGGAAGGCUUUGACUGUAGGAGUGGGCUAAUUGUGGGUUCCUGGAAGGUGAGGAAUCCUUCCCUAACAUCCUCAAUGCCCAACCACACCUAAUCUGGCUCUGGCACGCGGCAGGUGCUCAGGCAACGCUAGUCAGGGAGAAAGGCACCAGCUUUCGCUCUGCCCCCUGCCCCACCCCAGGGGCCGGACUGUAGAGGCGCCUAAAAGGGAAGUUGUUUAGUCAACUCGGAAAAGGGGUAGCAACCCGGAAAGCAGACUCACCGUCUUGGUCUAGAGACUGACCCCUGCACAGACAGACCCCUUCUCCUCUCUGCCAAAGACCCAAGCCCCAGAAGUCACUCCAUCUCCUACGGCUCGCAAUUUCCAGAGGCCCCCUGGCACCUUCCAGCCUGAUGUCGUGCGUCAAGUUAUGGUGAGUAGAGAGUGGCAUGUCGAUCGCAGCCUCUGACAUUCACACCCAGAGCGCCCCACAGACUCGCUCAGAGAAUGUCUUUGAGUCCGGGGACGGUGGGGACCGGCGAGGGAGGCUGGGGAUUGCAGUGAGAGCGCCGAGUCACAGGGGCGCGGGGAGCAGCGCUGACCUACGGCACGGCCGGCUAGUGGGCGACACCCCUCUCUCAGCCCCAGCGCUGCUUCCGCCCCCUUGGUGGCCAUCGAGGAACUGGAGAACCAGGAGUUCGUCGGCAAAGGCGGGUUCGGCACAGUGUUCCGGGCGCAGCAUAGGAAGUGGGGCUACGAUGUUGGCGGUCAAGAUCGUAAACUCGAAGGCGAUAUCCAGGGAGGUCAAGGCCAUGGCAAGUCUGGAUAACGAAUUCGUGCUGCGCCUAGAAGGGGUUAUCGAGAAGGUGAACUGGGACCAAGAUCCCAAGCCGGCUCUGGUGACUAAAUUCAUGGAGAACGGCUCCCUUUCGGGGCUGCUGCAGUCCCAGUGCCCUCGGCCCUGGCCGCUCCUUUGCCGCCUGCUGAAAGAAGUGGUGCUUGGGAUGUCUUACCUGCAUAACCAGAACCCGGUGCUCCUGCACCGGGACCUCAAGCCAUCCAACGUCCUGCUGGACCCAGAGCUGCAUGUCAAGCUGGCAGAUUUUGGCCUGUCCACAUUUCAGGGAGGCUCACAGUCAGGGACAGGGUCCAGGGAGCCAGGGGGCACCCUGGGCUACUUGGCCCCAGAACUGUUUGUUAACGUAAACUGGAAGGCCUCCACAGCCAGUGAUGUCUACAGCUUCGGGAUCCUAAUGUGGGCAGUGCUCGCUGGAAGAGAAGCUGAGUUGCCAACCGAACCAUCACUGGUGUAUGGAGCAGUGUGCAAGAGGCAGACCCGGCCCUCAUUGGCUGAGCUGCCCCAAGCUGGGCCUGAAACUCCCGGCUUAGAAGGACUGAAGGAGCUAAUGCAGCUCUGCUGGAGCAGUGAGCCUGAGGACAGACCCUCCUUCCAGGAAUGCCUACCAAAAACUAAUGAAGCCUUCCAGAUGGUGAAAAACAAUAUGAAUGCUGCUGUCUCCACAGUAAAGAAUUUCCUGUCUGAGCUCAGGAGCAGCGAUAGGAGAUUUUCUACCCCAGAGUCAGGCCAAGGAGGGACAGAAAUGGAUGACUUUAGGAGAACCACAGAAAACCAGCACUCUUGUAAUGAUGUCAUGGUUUCUGAGGGGCUAAACAAACUGAAUCUAGAGGAGUCUCCCAGCUCUGUUCCUAAAAAAUACCUGAGCCUUACCAAGAGGAGCAGGGCACAAGAGGAGCAGGUUCCACAAGCCAGGACAGCAGGCACGUCUUCAGAUUCAAUGGCCCAACCUCCUCAGACUCCAGAGACCUCAACUUUCAGAAACCAGAUGCCCAGCCCCGCCUCAACUGGAACACCAAGUCCUGGACCCCGAGGGAAUCAGGGGGCUGAGAGACGAGGCAUGAACGGGUCCUGCAGGACCGCGGAGCCAAAUCCAGUAACAGGGCUCGUUAACGUACACAACAGCUCUUGGGUGCAAGUUGGAAACAACAACUUCUUGACUACGCAACAGACAACUGCAUUGCCCACAGGGGGCCUGGCACCUUCGGGCAAGGGAAGGGGCUUGCAGCACCCCCCACCAGUAGGUUCGAAAGAAGGCCCUAAAGAUCCUGAAGCCUGGAGCAGGCCACAGGGUUGGUAAAAUCGUAGUGGGAAAUAAAGCAACUUCCAAGCUUGCCUCCAAGAGUUACGAGUUAAGGAAGAGUGCCAUCCCUUGAAGCCCCUGACUUCCUUCUAGGGCAGUCUGGCCUGCCCACAAAACGACUUUGUGAUCUGUCCCCCCAGGAGUCAAUAAACACGAUGGAAUGCUA